CCUAACAUAAAAUACAGAUUUUGUUUUUACUAUAGGACAUAGUAUUUGUUGCUAUUUCAUAAAGUAACAUGUUAAAUAAUCAUAGUUAACAAUCAUCAUUACUUCAAGUUCAUCAUGAUGUCAACUAAUAUGUAUGUAAUCAUGUAUGUAUAUCAUUGUGUAUAUAUAUGUCAUAAGUCAUUUUUUGAGGAUAUUAUAUAAGUUUUGUUUUAAAAAACAAAACAAAACAAAUGAAUAAAUGAAUGGUGACUUUUAACUUAAUAACUUGGAUAUAAAAUACAUUUAUUUACAGUAUUUUUAUUCUUCAAUUAAAUAAUCAUCAUCACAAAUAAGUUUGAUUACUCAGUUGGACAAAAUUCAUCUUUAUUGAUUUUGUUUACUUUGAGAACAGUGUAAAAUAAUACACAAUCACUCUCUCUUUCACAUAUAUAUAUAUAUAUAUAUAUAUAUAUAUACAUAUAUAUUCUUCAAUGUUCAUUUAUGAUAUCAGUUCAUUUUACGUGAACUAUUGAAUAGUAUAUUAGAAUUUAACGAAUAAUUCAUUCAAUCGAUUCAUAACCAAUUAUUCAUUGAUUUUGGUCAUUCUCUUUGAAUGGCACUAACAAGUGUUGUAACUCCUUAUAAAGUCGGAAUGUCAGGUGAUAUCAUACCAAAUAAUUUCGAUAUGAUACCUUAUUCCACUUUUCAUACAGCUUUAUUACCACAUCCAAAUCCAUUAGGACCUGGAAAUCUAUCAAAUAUUUCAACAGGUUUAAUGCUUACAGCACAACAACCAACUGGACAAAAUCCUUAUUGUCCACCAAUAACUCUUACUAAUGGAUAUUAUGCAAAUGUUAGUUAUCCACAUAAUGCAGAAUCGUUUUGUUAUGUACAACCAAAUGAUGCUAAUUCAAUAUUAAAUGCAUAUCAUACAUAUCCUACAUCAAUAAAUUUACCAUUACAUGCAACAAAUAUAACAUGUGAUAAGUUAUAUACAUCUAAUAAUCAUAUAAAUAGUAACAAUCAUAAUCAUAAUCAUAUUACUGCACAGAAUCCAUUACUUUCAACAAUAAAUACAAAUCAUAUCACUAUAAAUAAUAAUUAUAAUGAUAAAAAUGAAUUAAGCAAGAGAUUAGAAAUGAUAGCGGUUGAAAAAUCUAAUACUUUAUUAGAUGAAUCAUCACAAGGACUAAUUGAUCAAUCAACUAUAUUAUCAUCAUUGUCAUCUACAUCUACAUCAACAACUACAACAAUUAUUACACAUGGUGAAAAUGGAAAUGUUCAACAGAAUACAUCAUUAUUGGUACUACGAUUAUUGAUGUCUGGAAAAGAAGUUGGCAGUAUCAUCGGCAAAAGGGGAGAAAAUGUGAGAAAAUAUAGAGAGGAAAGUGGAGCCAGAAUUAAUAUAUCAGAUGGAUCUAGUCCAGAAAGAAUUGUCACUAUUACUGGAACAACAGAACAAAUUUAUGUUGCAUUUACACUAAUGAGUCGUAAAUUUGAAGAUGAUUUUACACAAGGUUUAUUACGAAUGGGUGAUGAAACAGUCAAUUGUCCUCCAGUGACCAUACGUUUAUUAGUUCCAGUAGCUCAAUGUGGUUCAAUAAUUGGUAAAGGAGGAUCCAAGAUUAAAGAUGUUCGUGAGUUAACUGGUGCAUCAAUUCAAGUUGCUAGUGAAGCUUUGCCGACAUCCACAGAAAGAACAGUUACAAUAUCAGGUACAGCGGAUGCAAUUUCCAAAUGUAUUCGAUUAUUGUGUGAUAUAUUUUUAGAGUGCCCAAAUAAAGGUCCGGUCAUUCUUUAUCGACCAAAACCCGUGAUUGGUAAUCCAGGAUUAAUAUGUCCUGCCACUACAUUUUCAUCUGGUUUACUGCAUUCAAACGUGUCUGGACUUCCACUUUCAGUGUGCGAGAAUUCACAUGAAUCAGGAUAUACUACACCAAUGUUAACAUCAGCCUCGUUAUUAUCAAACGAAGUGAACUCUGUUAGUCCAACUACUUUAAAUAGAACUUAUACAAAUCAGUUUGGGAUACCAUCUGGUAUUUUACCUGGAGGAACUGGAGUAUCUGGUUCAUGUAAUGUUGGAUGUGGUGUUAAUAAUACAUCUAUUGUACCUAAUCUACCUACAGCAAAUACUAUUCAAUCUCCUCUAACAGUAAUUGGUUCUGGUCGACCAGUUAGUCAAAUGUCAGAUCUCAUUUCAGAUCAAGUUCAUUUGUUUGCUACAUUGAAUCAAUUAGAUUUAGCUAACUUUCAAUCAUAUUUUUCAUCGAUUUUGGCUCCAUUACCAAAUACAAAUCCAAUUGCAACUGGGAUGCAUUCCAUUGGACAACCUUUGAAUAUGCCAGAAAUAGCUCUUACUCCUGGUAUACUUGGUUGUUACCCAACUCCAACAGCUGCUGCUUUACCAAUUGUUGGUUCACCUAAUAACUAUAUGUUUUCUUCACCUACAGCUCUUCUUAAAAUAUCGAAUAGACUGCCUGAAGAUCAAUUUACAACAUCAACAUCUAAUAGUCUUAGUGAUAUAAUUGUUAAUCAAUCUGAUAUAUGCAUGAAUAAUAAUAGUAACAAUGCAUCACCAAAUAGUUUAUCCAUCUGUAAUGGUUCAUUACCUAUUGACUCAAAUAAUAAUUAUACAUCACUUUCAACUCCACUAGAUCCCAUAAAAUCAAUUUGUGGUCUACAGAAUACAGCAUCUUUACUUGGUCUUCCAUCCCUGUCAAUCAAUACAAUUUUAAAUCCUCAACAACAAAAUUCAUUAUUUUCUUUGGCUAAUACAGAAGAGAGUAUUAUUGUCCGAGAGAUGAUUAUUUCUAAUGAUGUAAUCGGUUGUAUUAUUGGACGUGGUGGUACAACAAUCAAUGAAAUUAGAAACGCAUCUAAAGCACAAAUCAAAAUAUCCAACUGUGAAGAUGGUGCAAAAGAAAGAAAAAUAACAGUUUCUGGAAAGUUGGAUUCAGUAAAUUUAGCUCAAUUCCUUAUAAACAGCAGUAUUGCAAUACAUCGAGAAAUGUGGGCAUUUAAUGUUCGAUUAGCAUCAGCUGCAACUGCUUUAAUGACUAAAAAUAGUUUAAUAAUCAAUUCAUUAAAUAAACAUUCUGAAAACCAUAAUAAAAUAUAUUUGUCACCAUUGAAGAAGAAUUGUGAACAUAUUGAUUAUAGUUUAUUUCAAUCAAAUAUUCCAAUGAAUACUACAAACACUUCACAUAUGAAUUCAUCUUCAUUAUUGUUACUAAAAGAAAAUCUAUCACCUGAUUUACAUGAACAAACAAUGGAUUGUUUUCAACCAAUCUAUGAAGAUGAUAAUCAAUUGAGUUUAAAAUUUAAAUCUAGUCAUCGGUUGACCAGGAGAUCAAGAAUAAUACCUUACUAAAUUUUAAUUGAAAAUUUAGUUUAGUUUUAUUUUUGUUUUCUUAAUAAUUCUCAAAGUUUAAUAUUGAUUAUUUAUUAAAUAUGCAUGUCAUGUCAUGGGAAUUGCAUUGCAUCCUCAUAUGAAAUUAGUGAUGAUUUGAAAAUAACAAUGAAUUGAUAUAUUGAAUAGAUUUUAUCUGUUUUCCAUUACAUUUGGAAUGUAAUUAAACUCUGUUUCUUCCGGUGUUUAAUUAACACGAAUGCUGACUGCAUAUAACUAUUAUUUUAAUGUAUAUUCUACAGUAUAAACUACAUAAAAGUCAUUGAAGUCUAUUACUGUUUCAUUGUUUUAUGGCGAUUCAUAACAGGUAUAAUAAUAACAAUAAUAGUAAUAAAUAUUGUCUCAAAAAGGUACUCAUUAAUAUACAAAAGUAUUGCUAACCGUCGAUGAUACACAUUUAUCUUAACUUCGCUAAUUGAAACAAACCAUUUCAAUGGUAAUUGAUAAAACAUAUCAAAAGAAUAAUCACUAUUUCCUGAUUUUGUCAUUGUGUACUCUCUUUAUUGUUUAAUUUUACUUUAUGGUAACAAUUACUGUUAAUAAUAAUACUAAUAUUAAUAGUAAUAAUAUUAAUAGUAGUAAAAGUAUUUAAUUCCAAAUUUAUUUUGUUUUAUUUCGCACUACAAAAACGAUCCAUAUGAAUGCAAAUAUUGUAUCUAAUUAUAUCUAAAUAUAUACAUAUAUAUACAUAUUGAUAUGUGAAAGGAUUUCCGCGGAAUUAUUGGCCGGUAUGAUUGCCUUUGUCAAUUAUUAACAUACAAUGAAAAUCUGAUACUAUCAUCUUUUAUUUACAGUAACAUACGCAUAUAUAUAUAUAUAUAUAUAUAUAUAUAUAUAUAUAUAUAUUGCGCAUAGACAUUCAUAGAUGAAGAGAUUAUUCAAUAGUACUGAAUGUCUCAUUAACAUAGUAUAUAUUAUAAUAUUUGAAACAAACGUAAUUGAUUCCAUUCAAAUGUUUUUUUUAAUUUUAAAACAAUAUAUACAUAGCAACAAUCUUGCACAGUAGUUUCAUGAUAGUGUUAGUAGACAAGUACAUAUAUUAUACAACAAACAACACAGCUUACAAUAGGAUGCCAUAUUUGUUAAUUUGAUUUCUUCAUAAUUUUGAACAUUAUAGUAUAAAAUAGAAAGAAAAAACAAAACAAAAACCAUGGUGAAUUGUGCACGAAGUCUUUGAUUACUUUUAUGAAAUAAAAGAAUUCUAUUGUUUUCACUUUAAUUGAUUACAUAAUAUUUCAAUAUUAUUCAUUGUGUAAUGAUCAAAUAAAUUGUCAUUUAAAUGUAUAGUCAUUUUGUAUACAAUUUAUUUGACAGAAGGAUCGUAAUUAUUAAAAACAAAACAAAACAAGACAAACAACACACACACACAAAACAAACAUGUUUAUCUCUAACAUUCAUUUGUUGAUUCUCAUUAGAAUGAUUAUACUUAUCAAGUGCCUUUUUUCUUUUUGUAAUCAAUUUCAUCAACAGAUUAAUGAUAUCGAUUAGAUCAAUCAAAUGAACACUUAAAUAAACGGAUCAUUUUGUUGUUUUUUUGUUUGUUUUUUCUGUAUAAUUAAUCAAUAAUCAAUAAUAUAGGUCAAUUAAAGUGAUACUGAUUAAGUGUCAUGACAUCAAUAAUCAUAUUAUAAAAACAUUUUUAUGAAAAUGAGAUAAAAUAUAAAACUUCUAAUAACAACAAUAACAAUAAUGGAGUAUUAUUUUGGUUGUUAAGUUUUUAAUAUAAUUAAAGUAAUUGCCAUUAUGAUGAUGAUUAUUUUCUUUUCAGAAAUCAACAGAUUUAAAUUAUUUACAAAUUAAAACAACAUAGAUCAUCUGUUGAUAACUAGAUUUUCUUUUCUUUUCUUUUCUCUUUCUUUUUUUAUUUCAAAUAAAUAAAUAAAUAGAAUGUAAUGUGUUUAUACGGAAUGAUUUCUUAAUUACUUCCCUAUUAACGACAAUAAUAAUAAUAAGAAUCAAAUACUUGAACAAUAACAUACACAAUCUAAAUCAAAGUACAAUUUCUAUGCAAACUAAUUGAAAAGAAUAUGAACUAUGACCAGUCAAUUCAUCUAUGAUAAAGUUAACAGAUAAAUGAAAUGUUCAGUGUUAUUCAAUAUUGUUGAUGGUAUAACAACAAGAUAAGAAGAUAAAACCACAUUUUAUAUACAUUGCAAUUUUUGUUAAACAUGACUUCCAAUUUUUUUUCUAAU